AUGGGGUGUGCUAAUUUAUUGAGAAGUUAUUCCCGAUAUAUGCUGAUCAUUUUCAAUUUGUUAUUUUCGGUAACAGGUAUCAUACUCAUUGCAGUAGGAGUCAGCGCCAAGGCCUACUUCAAUGAAUUCAACACAUUGUUGAAUCAAAAGUUUUUCUAUGUCUCAGAUUUGCUUAUUGUUAUUGGUGUGAUCAUUUUUAUCAUCGCCUUUUUCGGAUGUUGUGGUGCUAUGAAGGAAAAUGCUUGCAUGACGUCAACGUACUCAGCCUUGUUGAUCAUAGUUUUCCUCCUUGAAGUAGCUGUUGGAAUAAGUGGUGUUUUGUUGAAUAGUAGAGCUGAAACGUUUUUGGCUGAUACCAUGAAGAGUACCAUGGAUCAAUAUAAUACGGAAAAUGCUACUGAAGUGACAGAAGUUUGGGAUGGUAUUCAAAGAAAGUUCCAUUGUUGUGGGGUUGUGAAUGGAACUGAUUGGUUGAAUGAAACAAACACACAUCAUCAGUUGCCAAUUUCUUGUUGUCCUUUGCCUAAUGGAGCUGUUAACAACGUCACGUGUGACAUUUCAAAUUCUUAUAAACAAGGAUGUCUGCAAGAAUUUGGUGGUUAUGUAAAGGAUAAUAUCUCCAUAGUUGAAGUUGUUGCUAUAGGAUUGGCUGUUGUUCAGUUAUUGGGUAUCAUCUUCUCCUGUUGUCUUACAAAAUUCAUAAGAAGUGACUAUGAGACAGUAUAA